AUGGCGCGCCGGAGUAACAGAAGCGAGAUGGAGGGCGUCGAAAAACCAACUUCUAGACCCGUGCCGCUUUCAGGUUAUGUUGCGUUUUCGACCCAGUCGAGUCGUAACAGGCUGAGAAAUAAAACCUGGCGCUCUGCGCUGCCUAGCGAUCUGGUCCAAGGUGAAGGCCUGGCAGGCUUCCACACUGACGAGUCUUCUUCGCCUAUCGAGUCCGUCGAGUCAACCCAAACUUUGCUAUCCGAAGGAGCCCCCGCUCGAUUGUUACCGCAACCCGCUCAGCCUAGAAGUACUCCAUUCGCCUUACCCAAGAUUCAGACAGAUAUCGUCCGACGCGAGGACGCUAUCCAAAUGGACUUCCUAAGUGAGCAACAUCCGGCAUCGCCAAGUGAGGGCAGCGACAACAUCAGCCCCACCGAUACUCGACUCCCUGCCGUCGAAAACCACCUGCGCCUCUUCGGAAAGCUGCCGGAUAUCAUUCGUCUACAAGAGCAGACUGGCGACUUUGACGGCCAGAUCGUGUUCAUAGGUCAUCCCAACCGCGACGUCUCCGCUCACCAGUGGCUAUCUGAUUCCUAUCAAUGGGUUCAUGUCGGCCUUUGGUCUCACACGCGCAAGAGGAUCGAAGGUUCGCUCGCGUCUGAUCGUCUGGCAACAUCUGGGUUCUCGUACAAUUCGAUUGAGUAUUUCAAAUUCGUCGCAGAGCAUCGCGAAUCCACGAUAAAGGAACACGGUCGUCCACAAACAGAGCCAGAAGCUGAUGUAAUCGAGCCUACACCCACGGAGGUGAGCAUCGAGAACAUCAGGAAGACACCCGCUCCCAGCUUCGCCGUGGCCUCUGUGCUUCGUACCGUCACUGGAAAGAAUCUAGAAGACCCGUUCAUAACUCCCGUCGAUCUUUCACCAGCUCCCAUGGCCACUUUCAGCUUUCGAGGUGGCGGUGAUACUGUUGGAUCGAUGGACUUCAAUUACGAGUUUCCAACGAAGCUAGGUACCCCGCUCAGGGAACAUCAGCAGAUCUAUGUCCAGCGAGAGCGAGCGCGGCUUGAGGCACUCCGUGGGCAAUCAAUUACCCAGCGCGAAAUGCAGACUCCUCUCCGCGAGGUCGAUUUUGGUGAGGAGGCACCCGGCCUCACACCUUCCCCGACUCGCAUUCCUGCAGGCCGGCAAGAUACUAUGCUAUCAGUUGGGGACAUGAACAGUCGAUUCCAAGCUCGGAGCAGGCUGGCAGAGCUAGGUCAAACAACUUCCCAACCUAGUCUUACACCCGAGCAGCGCGUAGCUGUUCCUGACUUCCCACUGAACAAUGUGAGUCUCAGGAAUUCGAUCCCUACUGGCCCAACAGUGGCGAAUCCUUACCGCGGAUUCUCUACGUUGAACGCUACAGCACCACCAUAUCGGAUGCCAACAAAGGAACAGACUGAGGCAUCGGACUCUUCCGCUACAGUUUUUCAUAAUCCUGCAUCUGCGACUGAUCCUGCACUACGCUUCAGCGACCCUGAUGGCAUGCGGCAAGAGCAUGUCCACCCGAUCGCGAAUGGUUUCAAGAAACAAGCUCCCACUAGGCAGAACUGGAAUGGCCCUUUCUUCGCUGACUCUAUGCCGACUGCGCACGAUCCGCUUGCGUCACUUUCUGGUCAGAUUAGUAACGAGCAGAAGCUCGUGGACUGGUACCGCGAUGGCCAGAGUGUCAGUCGACAACAAGACUUUGCCAAAACCCUCGUGACAGCAGCAUCGACGAGCAGCAAGGCUCGUAGCUUUGGGGCAAUCGGCGAAGGCUCCGCUAGGAAGCAAGAAUCCUCGAAGUACGCGAAUACCCAUGUUUUUGCCCGUGUGUACGAGCACCUUUCCGAGUAUGCAGAGGAAUCUCGUGCUGGUAGUGGAAAGAGUUACUUCACAAGAGCAUGGAAGCCUUCGCCCUUGCACCUUCGCGAUCUUGGUCCCGACGGAAACAAUAGCUUCUAUAGUGGCUCGUCAACAUCUUCGCCUCAAACCUCGCGUACCUCCCAUCGUCCCUACCAGCCAUACCGCGGGGACAGCACUCCGUGGGGUUUUGGUGGACUGUCGAGCAGCACGUUACCGUCACAAUACGGUCCCAACUCGGCUACCCCGGGUCCUUAUGGGGGUCCCUCUCACCGUGGCUUCUGA